AUGAAGCACCAUUUCUUCCUCACCGUCUUGCAUUGGGCAGAGUGUGCUUCUUCGUUGCUUGCCUCUUCCUCUUCAAUAGACCCGCUAUGUUCACGCCUGCGUCGGGAACAAAACGGAUUGUCGUUGCGGAGCAUCAAGCAUGGCAGACAGAACAGACUGCUUGGGUUGUCGUGUCCCAGCCUUGUCCCAUAA